AUGGGCGAUUUCGACCGCAUGUACCCCCAGGGGCUCUACAACCUCUCCAAAGAUCAGCAAGAUCUUCUUAUGGCCGCACUCUCAUCCAACACGCCAGCCAACAAGCAACUUGACCACACCCCGCACCAAAAGCCUGAGCACAGCCCCGAUCAGGCCUCUUCGAAUGGCAUUAGUGGCCCUCCCUCUGGAAAUUUCGAAGACCCCUCCCAUUUCAAUGCCUUUGGCUUCGGGGACGAUGAGAGUCCAUUUCUCGAUUUCCACCCCGAGGUGGAUUUUGAAUUCCCAGGCUCAGCCCACUUGAUCGGCGAUCUGCCGGGAGAUACUCCGUCCCAUGACUACGAAUCGGGUGAGAAGCGGAAGUCAAUGGAUGGCAAGUCAGAAGUGGACGCCGAGGAAAAUGGGAAGAAGCGCCGUGAGAGCGAGGCGAAGAAGCCAGGUCGGAAGCCACUAACCUCUGAACCCACUACUAAACGCAAAGCUCAAAACCGGGCUGCCCAGCGAGCGUUCCGCGAGCGCAAGGAAAAGCACUUGAAGGAUCUGGAGACCAAGAUGGAUGAUUUGCAAAAGGCUUCUGACACAGCUAAUCAGGAAAAUGGAGUUCUGCGUGCGCAAGUGGAAAGAUUGCAGACAGAGCUUCGCGAAUACCGCAAGCGACUCUCAUGGAUGACCAGCGGAAACGGUUUGUCUGCUAUGAGUGCUAUUCCUAGUGCACACUCACAGGGCGCGUACGGCCUGCAGAAUAACGAAUUCCUGUUUGAUUUCCCCAAAUUUGGUGAUCUGCCCGGCUCGCAUCUGUUUAACGGGCAGAACAAGAAUGACCAGUCUAAGCCUAAAGAAAGGCAGACUCGUGUCCCUGGUGUUUUGAGUCGGGAGAACCUGCAUGGUCUAAUUGGGGCUCCCAUUGCUUCGCCCAUCUCGAUGUCAAAUUCCAGCACCCCGACGGCGACUGGAAGUACUAAGGCAAAUACCUCCAAGGGAACCCCCAACAGUAUUUCCACCAAGACUCCCUAUACCAGCAUCAAGUCAUCGAUCACCACAGCUCAUGAAAAGUCGACAUCGGACUCUCCGUCGUCGUCAUCUGAUUCGCACCAGAGUCAGAUGUUGUCGUCCAGCGGAACCUCACCUGAGCCAAGUUUAAAUUCUCCGCCAGACACAAAGCACAACGAGUCCGGAUGUAGUGUUCAUGGCUCCUCCAUAAAUGGUGAGGAAUCUUUCUGCGCCAAACUUGGCAUGGCCUGCGGCAAUAUCAAUAACCCCAUCCCAGCUGUGCGGGACCAACAGAACAAACCCAACGGUGGCACGAACAACCACCCCGUCGAUGAGACGUUUGGGCUCGACUGGCUGGCUCAGCAGAAUGGCGGUCAGUUCGACCCAACGCUCUUUGGAGAUUGGCGGGAGCCGCAGGAUGCGGUGCUUUCCCAGGACUUUGGGACUUUCUUCGAUGAAGCCUUCCCACUGCCAGACCUUGGUAGUCCAUCGCAUAAUUUGACCGAGGUGGCCAUCCAGCCACCCAAGAAGGAUCUGAUUUCUCAGAUCGACCGUAGGCUUGAGGAAGAGGUGGUGCCCGGCGAGGAUAAAGCACAAAUGCUGUCAUGCACAAAGAUUUGGGAUCGUCUUCAGUCGAUGGAGAAGUUCCGCAAUGGCGAAAUCGAUGUCGACAACCUCUGUACUGAACUUCGGACUAAGGCUCGCUGUUCGGAGGGUGGUGUGGUCGUGAAUCAGAAAGAUGUUGACGACAUCAUGGGCCGCACCAAGUAG